GUUAUAGCAAAUUGAAUUUUUUUCUAACCACUUUACAAAUGAGAGUUCUUUUUUUGAUUUUUUCCUCAACAAAAUCAUGUUGAACAACAGUCAUACACACGUUUACAAUAUGAUGAAUGAUCUACCCUACAUAGCUGUAAAUUUAGAGCAUAAUACAUUUGGUACUAGUGAUGGCAAGGAAUCAAAAAUAUUUUGUUUAAUUCAGGAACCCAACACUGAUGAGAUGGGGGAAGGAACUGAUAAUCAAAGUAUGUUUGAACUAGUAGACAUUUUCACAUCAACCAGUAAGGAAACUGACAUACCAAGUGAUGCUAUAGUCGCAAUAAAGUUGCCACAAAAUCAAUUCCAACCCACUAGUUCAGAUGCAAACAAAUUUCCACAACCAGUGAUAGCAGAAGCCAAUUCACAAGAUACUCAUAAUUACAUGUGUAUUAGGUGUGGUGAUAAUUUUAGUACCUCAAAUGAAUACCAAGAUCAUUUGAAGUCUCAUAAGUUUCAAAAAAAAUUCAAAUGCACCGAGUGUUCUGCUGGAUAUAAUGUCGAAAAUAAUUUGAAAAUCCAUAUGAUAUUAGAUCAUCCAACGGACGAUAAACGAAGCUGUCCUAUUUGCAAUGUUACUUUGACACAUCAGAGGGCUGCGGGUAUGAAAUCCCAUUUGAUGGUACAUCAUGUAGAGGAGGUACACUCGUGUGAAAAGUGCCGGGCAGAAUUCGAGAAAGAGGACGAUUAUGUGAAACAUAUGAAAUCCCAUGAACUGGAAUGUAAGACUAUUCAACCUUUCACUUGUUCCCAUUGCAAAGUUAACUUCAAAAACCGCCUCGAAUAUAGGUCUCACAUCGCAGAACAUCAGAGAUCUAAAACUUUCUUCACCAAAACUAGAAAAACGUCCAGGUCUUCUCUUCCAAAGGCAAAAAAAUUUCCUUGUAGUGUUUGUGAGAGGAGUUUUAUCAAGUUAUCACUUCUGGAGAGGCACGAGAGAAUCCAUACUGGUGAAAAACCAUUCAAGUGUGAAAAGUGUGACCAAAGCUUUACCCAGAAAGGAACAUUAAAAACACACUACAAUAAGCACAGUGGAACAAAACCAUUUGUGUGUACCAUGUGUCCUGCCAAAUUCAAUCAAAAAGGUAACUUGAAAGUCCAUGUACGAAAAACCCAUACAUUUCCCGAAAAAGGCGACAAAAUGUACAAAUGUUCCCAUUGCACGUGCAUCUUUAAAAAAAUUGCAUCUCUAAAUGGUCACGUGACGAGAGUCCACUCGAAGACUGAUGACCCGGAAAAUGUUAUCAUGGAAGUGAUGAAGAAUCUGAAGGAGAUGGAUAAACAAAUGAACAAAAAAAUUGAUCCAGCAUCGACACAAGAAGGUCAUAAAACCCAAAAAUAUUUGCAGUCUGAAAGGAAAGCAAGAAUACAAAAAGAUGAUAGCCAAACCAAAAAUGCAACACAACCCAAGUCUUUCGUUACUCUGUUAGAGUCGGCAAAUGAUGGGUCAGUAAGAAAACACGUGGUCCAGCACAAAAAAGUUGGGGAUAUACACUGGUAUUGUUGUGAAUACUGUCCGAAACAUUGUAAGAAACCUUCCGAUUUAAUAAGGCAUCUUAGAAUGCACACUAAGGAAAAACCAUAUGAGUGCACACAGUGUGAUAUGGCAUUUACGUUGAAAUAUACUCUGCUUUCUCAUAUGAAUACCCAUAAUACAUCUAAAAGUUAUAAAUGCAAUAAAUGUGAUUGUGUAUUUGGAUCAAGCAGAAACUUAAAUACUCACAUGCGGAAACACGAAUUAGAUAUAUCAGUAUGGGUGUGCUCUCUUUGUAAAUGUGUAUUUGAUGAUUUCGAAAAGGCACAAAUGCAUACAAAGGAAAAAGGGCCAUCACAUGCUAUGGAGCCUGAAAUAAAAGCUGUAUCGAAACAACCUUCAUAUCAGACUAUACAUGGAAACAUCACCUUCAAACAAACAAAACCACGUGUUGGUAGUACUGGAGCAAAUUCGUCUUCAAUAAGAUUUACUAAAAAAGUUAACCUCAAUAGGCAUCAACGAAAUCAUACUAGUGAAAGUCAUUAUGAUUGUCAUCUAUGCCAUAAGACUUUUGUCACAACUCAUAGAUUGAAAGAACACCUGUUGAGUCACAAUGACAUCAAGAAGUAUGUUUGCAAAGUAUGCAACAAACGGUUUGUUACUUCCACACUUCUCAAAAAGCAUAUGCUAGUCCACAAUACUAACAGACCUUACAUAUGUCCAUACUGUUCCAAACGUUUCAAAACUCUUCUAUUGAGCAAAAACCAUAUUCGUGAAGUUCAUAAAGAAGAAGCCCUGCCAAAGAUUGUAGGUAACGGAACAACUGAUAUUAAUUCGCCUGCAGAUAACUCUACUAUAGUGGCUACUGACAGUGUUUCCUCCAAUGAAGAUGAUACUUCUAUAGUGCCAUAUACUACAGAAGUGUAG